AUGGCUGGACAUCACCACGAACACGGGCAUGGCAACGAGCACGAGCACGAGCACGAACAAGAACGCGAGCAUGAUUACCUUCAACGGCCUCCCUCCGGAUCAGAGAGGACCAGGAGUAUAUCCUUUUCCAAGUUGCUCUCGCGGUCGUGGAAACGGAAUGGGAGUUCAUCCAACGGCGUGAGUGUGUCUAGCGUGAAUUUAAACUCCGAUGCAGAGAACUCGAAAGAACCGGAUCACAAUAAUAGUGGCUCAGAGGGUCAAUCUUCACGAUUCUCUAAAUUGAAAAGUAUGUUCCAGUCUGGUAACAGUAGCAAAAACACCAGUGCCCAUAACAGCAGUCAGAGCAGUCUUGAGGGCGAUUCCACAUCAUCAUCAUCCAAGUUGAGGUACGUCAAGCCAAUGACUGCGCCAGCAAAUGCUCCUCCGGAAUCUCCGCCCCUUUCUCCUACAAUCCCGGAGAACGAUGUCUUACAGACGCCAAAAAUGGUACAUAUAGACCAGCAUGAACACGAACGUGAACAUUCACAAUGCGGAUCCCCCAUAAUGCUUUCGCCACCUUCUUUGAGUCCCACUAUUGCUAAAGCCGGGGCCGGAAGGAGAAGAUCACCUUCCACCCCGAUAAUGCCCAGCCAGAACUCGAAAAAUAAUGGCAGUGGAUCUGCUGCCAGACCAAACAACCACCGACACCACUCGAGUUCGCAAGGGUUUUCUUCCAACAAUCCGUUCAGAGAAAGAACGGGCACAGUACGUAGUAGUAACCCAUAUUUUGCAUACCAAGGUUUACCAACGCAUGCCUUGUCUUCUCAUGACUUAGAUGAAGGCCUCCAGUCGUAUCCAAAUGCAGGAGGUAUCCAUUUUUUAUCUACUCCCACGUCAAAGACAAACUCUUUGACAAACAACAGAAAUCUAAGUAAUUUAUCCUUAAACGAGAUCAAAGAAAACGAAGAGGUACAACAAUUCAAUAGCGAAGACUUUUUUUUUCACGAUAUCCCCAAGGAUGUGCCAUUAAGGGACACUUUGAAUGACUCGCCAAUCAGGGACUCUUCAAAGAGCCCCACAACUACCCAACCGUUCCCUUCCAUCGUUGUGGGGUACGGUAAUCAAUACGAUGAUGACAGCGACAAUGAUCACGAUAAUGAAAAGGAAGAACGGACCAAGACCAAGGGCAAACCUAGAAAUCUUUCGCCUGCUAAACAAAAUGGCAAAUCCACCCAUCCAAGGAUAAAAAUACCACUAAGAAGAGCAGCAUCCGAACCCAAUGGUUUGCAACUCGCUUCUGCCGCAUCUGCGUCUUCUUCUUCUUCAACACAAAAGAAGUCACAACCCACCGAUAUAAACGAUAAAAAUCUUGGCCAGUCGGUGCUUCCUUCAAACUCGUUUUUCCCACAGGAACCACCUCCCAAAAUUUCGGAUUUUCAAGAACCCAGAAGGUCACGACGUUUAAGAACCAAAUCUUUCAGCAAUAAAUUCCAAGAUAUCAUGGUGGGUCCACAGUCUUUUGAAAAAAUUAGGCUCUUGGGUCAAGGCGAUGUCGGUAAAGUUUUUUUGGUAAGGGAGAAGAAGACAAACAGAGUGUAUGCUUUGAAGGUUUUGAGUAAAGAGGAAAUGAUCAAAAGAAACAAAAUAAAGCGUGUUCUUACAGAACAAGAAAUUCUCGCUACCAGCAACCAUCCAUUCAUCGUCACACUAUACCAUUCAUUUCAAUCCGAAGACUACCUCUACCUUUGUAUGGAAUACUGUAUGGGUGGGGAAUUCUUCAGGGCUUUGCAAACAAGAGAAACCAAGUGCAUAUGCGAAGACGAUGCCAGAUUCUAUGCUAGUGAAGUGACAGCAGCGCUGGAAUAUUUACACCUAUUAGGGUUCAUCUAUAGAGAUUUGAAGCCUGAAAAUAUUCUAUUACAUCAAUCCGGUCAUAUCAUGCUUUCUGACUUCGACUUAUCCAUUCAAGCCAAAGAUUCCAAAAUCCCCGUUGUCAAGGGUUCCGCUCAAUCAACUCUUGUCGAUACCAAAAUAUGCUCAGAUGGGUUUAGAACUAAUUCCUUUGUGGGCACUGAGGAGUACAUUGCCCCUGAAGUCAUAAGAGGCAAUGGCCACACUGCUGCGGUCGACUGGUGGACGUUAGGGAUAUUGAUUUAUGAGAUGCUAUUCGGUUUCACUCCAUUCAAGGGUGAUAACACAAAUGAGACUUUCACGAAUAUUUUAAAAAAUGAAGUCAGUUUUCCCAAUAAUAAUGAAAUUUCCAGGACUUGUAAGGAUUUAAUCAAAAAAUUGCUGACCAAAAACGAAUCCAAGCGGUUAGGUUGCAAAAUGGGUGCAGCUGACGUGAAGAAGCAUCCCUUCUUCAAGAAGGUUCAAUGGUCCCUGUUGAGAAAUCAGGAACCACCUCUGAUCCCAGUGUUAUCUGAAGAUGGCUGUGAUUUUGCUAAAUUGUCAUCUAAUAAGAAAAGACAAACUAGUGAAGAUGGCCAUAAGCAUCUCGACGAGCAAGAGAAAAACAUGUUUGAAGAAGUUGUUGAAUAUGAUGACGAAGUCUCGGAGGAUGAUCCGUUCCACGAUUUCAACUCAAUGAGUUUAAUGGAACAAGACAACAACUCAAUGAUUUAUGGUAAUACCAAUUCUUAUGGGAAAAUUGCAUACACUCCAAACUCUAACAGAUCGAGGAGUAACAGUCACAGAACUUUUUUUAAAAGGUAA